AUGAAUGCCAUCAUUUGGAAUGUGAGAGGUGUAGCUAGUGUAGCUACUCGUCGGCACCUGAAGAAACUUAUACAGCUUCAUCAGGUUUAUCUUCUAGUUAUAUUGGAGCCUUUUGUUCUGCGACAGAAUUUUACAUAUACACGACGCUAUUUGCGCUUCGACAUGGGAGCUCAGAAUGAAUCGAAUAAGAUCUGGUUUUUCUGGAAUUCGGGGACUAAUGUUACUGUUAUUAUUGAUCAUCCCCAGUUUCUUCACGUUAGAGUUGAGGAUCCCAGACUAGCGCGUGCUAUCUAUUUGACUCCAGUCUAUGCGUCAUGCGAUGCUACUAUCAGGAGAGAUUUGUGGGUGGGUCUUCACCACAUCUCCCUCGAUAUGGAUGAUCCUUGGCUAGUUGGGGGAGACUUUAAUGUUAUUACACAAGAUGGAGAGCGCACUGGUCAUAAUACCCAUAAUCGUGGCACUACUGCUUUCUCUGAUAUGAUGUUAGACUGUGGUUUAGAGGAUGCGGGUUUCAUUGGAAACCGAUAUACUUGGACCAAUGGUCGGGUCAGAAAGAGAUUGGAUAGGGUACUUAUUAAUUCUACAGCUGCAGCUUUUUGUCGACAGCUUACAGUGAGACACUUGAAUCAGACUUCAUCCGAUCACUCUCCUUUACUGCUUCAGUGGGUUUCUGAUGAUGAUUUGGGGCCUAGACCGUUCAGAUUCCUCAAUGUUUGGACCAAGCACCAUGAUUUUUUAGCCUUUGCCUCCUAG